GUUACAGUGUAAUAACAUUAUGUACAAUUGUUAAAUAGUGUAUAUCUGUGCCUUUAAUAAAUGGACAUGUUAAUUAUCGUUUUGGUUUUAUUUGAUUUGGUAGCAUGCAAUAUGUAUACAGAAGAAACAUUUGUCAAGACCAAUAGUAAAUCUUGCGGACCUAUUAGACUGGCUUCUGGUUGGACUGACGUGUCAGUCUUGUCUUGUGUGAUGAAUUGUUUCAAUAGGUACGUAACUGGAUGCCGUAGUUUCAUGUUUAAUGACCUGACAAACCUGUGUACACCGGGUGGCAGAUUGUCUCCCUUCUCUUCAGAACCAACUCCACUAGAAGGUGAUGUCUACCUACUAAUGAGUGAUGACGUCUAUGAUGGCUUUCAUCUAGACUACAGCUACACGCCUGUCAACGUGGCCUACUAUCCAAUGAACGUGAACUUCACACAGGCUGCAGACGUCUGUCUUUGUCUUCAGGCGAACCUCUACGUUGUUGAGAACGAGGAUAAAUUUAAGACACUGGUUUCUCUGGUGGGCGAGACAAUGCAAGACACGUGGAUUGAAGGGAGGAUGUCUACUUACUCUCGUACCAGUGGUGGCUAUAUCUUUGGGGAUGAGUUGAAACUCAACUAUUACUACUAUGAAGAGCGAGACACGACAGAAAUGUGCAAGAUACUGAACUGGGAGAGUCAAUCUUUAACUUAUGUGAACUGUGAGGAAACGUUUCACUUUGUAUGUGAAAAACCUGUUUAGUUAAUUAUACAAGUCAUAGAAACAUGUUUAUUUAUUGUUUGCCUAUAUAGAAACUUCUUUAAUAAAUAGUUUUAGUCAUAGAGUAUGUUUUAUUUAUAUUAGCAUUCAUAUAAAAUGUUUAAUUAAUGUUUGAAGUCACAAAACUAGUGAAGCUUAUUAUUUGUAUUUAAAAUAAACAACCUGCUUAGUUAAUUAUUCCUACUAAUAGAAACCUACACGAUUCUGUCAAGUUCUCUAGUUUCAGUUGAAUCUCAUUGAAUGAGCGUGGAUAUUAUGUCACAAUUCUAUUCUCAUCUGUUUUUGUCUUUGAAAUGAGCACUAUUUCAAGUUAGGCUAGCUAGAGUAUUGUGACGUAUUUCUGAAUCUUCUGGCUAGAUGUACUAGUAGGCACACAAAUAAAAACACUGUAAAGAACUUGACGACUCAACUUUCAGUUUCAUAUAACUUUAUUGACUAUUAAAUCUAAC